AUGGAGUGGCAAUGUUUGAAAAAUAUUUUUCCCCAGGAGGUUGAUUCAAAAGCGGAAACUCAAGCCAAAGCUCCCCCUUCCAGGAAACGCGGAAGGCAAUCUAUUGUUGAAGGCUCAGUGAAAAAGUUGAAAUUGGACUUUCGUCAUAAUCGGGGAUUCGGCCACGUUCUCACACUAGGACAGGGAGACACCGGUCAGCUUGGUUUAGGCGAGGAUAUCCUGGAGAGAAAUAAACCUGCUCAUGUUUCCUCGAUACAGGAUGCUGUUGAUGUGGUUGCUGGAGGUAUGCACACAGCAGUUCUCACCAAAACUGGGGAGGUGUACACCUUCGGGUGUAACGACGAGGGAUCGCUAGGCCGUGUCGUUGAGGAGGAAGAGGAGUGCUUCAUCCCAGGAAAGGUGAGCCUGGAUGGUAAAAUUGUUCAAUUGAGCGCGGGUGACUCUCAUACUGCGGCACUGACUGAGGAUGGCAGGGUUUUUGCUUGGGGUACAUUCAGGGAUAGCUCUGGACCUAUUGGACUAACUAAAAAUGGAAUUCAGAAAACUCCGCUACGUAUUCUGGAAGGGAUCUCCAUAAAGAAGAUAUCAAGUGGGUCCGACCAUAUUGCUGCACUAACUGUGUCAGGAGAUGUAUAUACGCUAGGAAACGCAGAACAGGGUCAAUUGGGCCGAGUUCCGGAGAGAUUCUCACACAGAGGAGGCAGACGAGGACUGGAUUAUCUUCUGACCCCGGAUAAAAUUCAUGCUAAAGCUAGAUCUACAGUUUUCAAGGACGUUUGGGCAGGAAGCUAUAAUACUAUUGUUAGAAGUACAGCGGAUGAGAUUCUCGUGAUGGGAUUAAACAAUUAUAAUCAGAUGGGGUUAGAUACAGGACUUCUCUUCUUCAUGCCAACGAGAUCUGAUUCUUUGGUCGCGAGUAAGGUGGAUACUCUAGUUCUAGGCCAACAUCAUACUCUGCUCAUUUCAAGUAGUCAAGGAGCAGUUCACGCUAUUGGAAGAUCUGAGUAUGGAAGGUUGGGAUUAGGAGAAGGGGCAGAAGACGCCAAGGUUCCUGUACCAGUAGCAGAGUUAAAGGAUAUGAAGUGUGUAGAUAUUGCCUGCGGUACAGCUGUAUCCUUUGCUGUCACAGACAAGGGGCACUGUUACUCCUGGGGUAUGGGAACGAAUAUGCAGCUGGGACAUGGUGAAGACGACGUUUUAGUUCCAAACCUCAUCAAGUCCAAACAACUGGAGAAUAGAAGUGUAAUAGCAGUUUCAAGCGGGGGACAGCAUACUGUUAUUCUAGCCAAGGAUAACUAAACACCUGGACCCUGUACUGUACACUGUACACCUCAUGUACAUGAAAUAUCUUGUAGUAACAUUUAAUGUACUGCAUAGGUUAAUAAAGGUUUAAUGUGUACAUAACUAUGUGUGAUUGUGAUUACUAAAUGUACAGCUGAAAAUGGGCCUCUGAACAACCUAGGAUAUAUAUUUUGGCAAAAAUUCAUCCCCUCGUUAAAACGUUUAUAAUAAUUUAUGGUCAUGUGAUGUCAUGAAUAAACGUGUUUGAUUGUUGAAAAUAUAUAUCCAUGUGUACAACUUGUCCUGUUCUAUUUGUACGCUAUGUAGCAUAGCGUAUAGCAUAUAGCUUUUUAGCCAUUUUUUAUUUAUUCCUUUUUUUACAAAAAAAAUUCUUUGAGAAAUAAAAUGAAAUGGUUUUCCCCCAAACUUAAAACUGUAGAUAUAGUUUUAGUACGAUACAAGUUAAUUGUGAUAAAGGGGGAAAGAGUGCUCACUUCUGUCGACUCCUAGAUGUAAAAUGACCCUCAUAAUAAAGCUGCCAAAUGUGCUAGUCCUGUAUACUUCAAGAAUCGAGUGCUCUGUCCCCCCCCCACCCCUCCUUCCAACCCGCCCAUGACCCUUCCCUCCAACUUGACUUCAAAAUUAUUUUGAUGUUUUCAUUUUUUAGA